AUGCAAGCCCUGCCAACUCGCCGGGUUUUGUUCCAGGCGACGCGUCGACUGAGCACGCCUCGCAACGCUCGCCUCAUCCAAGCAGGAUUUCAUUCACAUGAGCAUCCCUUGUCACAAAAGUCGGUUUCUAGUGUGGAAGAUGCUAUUCUUUCAGCCGCCUAUCAACAUGUCCCCAGUCAUGGAUUCUCUUGCCGUUCCCUAAGUCUCGGAGCCCAAGAUGCCGGAUAUCUGGACAUCAGCCCAAGUGUGCUGUCGGAUGGCGUGUUCAGCCUGAUCCGUUUCCAUCUUGUCCAUCAACGCCUGGCUCUUUCGGAUACGAGCCGAGCGCUGUUUCGCACGAUGGAGGAAAACACAACAGUCACAGGAGUUGGGUCCAAAGUAGCCGCCUUGGCGUGGGCCAGACUCAUGGCAAACAAGGACAUUAUUCACAAAUGGCAGGAGGCACUUGCCAUAAUGGCACAGCCUAGCUACGUCCCGGCUUCUCUGAAAGAACUUGCCAAACUUUCGGACGAGAUGUGGUAUCUGGCUGGUGACAAAUCGGUCGACUCUUCCUGGUAUACCAAGAGGGCAUCGCUAUCUAUGGUAUACAGCGCGAGCGAGCUAUUCAUGACGAACGAUAAGUCACCGGACUUUGUCGACACUCACAAAUUCUUGACUAGAAGGUUGCAAGACGUAACGGCGCUUGGAGGAAUCGUUGGAGCCCUGGGAGCCUGGACCGACUUCACAGCGAACGCAGGUGUAAACGUGCUUAGAAGCAAGGGUAUCAGGAUAUGA